UACGAGGAGGACGGGGGAGGGAGGCAGACAGAAACUCGGGGAGCUCCUCGACACAACGGGGAGCGCUGGUUGUGGCUGUCGGAGGGAAGCUCGUCCGGCUCGGAGCAUCCCCCUCCGUCUCCCGGUGGCGGUUUCAUGUGUCAGAGCGGCGUUUGAUUGCCGUCGCCACCUGGGCAUUAUUUAUAACCGACGUAAAAAUCGUAUGGGACGUACCGCGGAGCCGAGCAGAGACACUCCCGGAAAUAACAUGCGUACUCUCAGCCUGUCACGUAGGCUCGCUGAGGAUUUGCAUUGCUGUAUGGCUGCCGUAGGUAAGGUUUCCGACGCUGCCUGAAUAUGUUUGAAAGGCGCACCGAAACAAACGCAGAGCUGCAGAGUGACCGCUGAAAUCAGAGCAGACGAAGGAUUGGGGACAUGAUACUUGCAGCGCGCCUCUCCGAAAGAGGAAGCAGCGGCUCAGUUUUAAAAUGAAGGGAGGACGUGAGGUACGUGUGCACCCAGCGGACGACGAGAUCAAAUGGAGAGUUUUGGGCUGAAGGAGCUCUUGAAGACAAACUCUCGCCUCGGACCAACCGUUUUUUCAGAGUCGCAGGAGAGAAGAAGCCAGCAGACAGAGAUCUACAGCUCCUACCAGCCAGACAUGGGUCUGAACGGUUUCUGCGCAGGGCCCACUGGGACUCAGACGGCCGCUGAGCUGCUCGCCGACAUGGCCUCGCAGACGAACUCCCCGGGCAUCACCAGCCCCACAAAGCAGUCCAAAAGCGGCGUCCCGCUCUACAACGGCGGGGUGGUGUCUCCGUCGGCCACCGUGGAGGCCAGCCAGGCCGAGGCUUUGGCCCACACGCCCCAUAGUUACCCGGCUCAAGUGGAAGGGAUGGGCGCAAAGACGGGUGGCUCCGUCUGCACUUUUAACAGCAGAGGCCUCAUGAUGGAGGACGGGGACAGAACUGCUCAUGACAUAUGCUCUUUAGGAACGAGGAAAAUCAACGAGGACCUGAAAGUCAGGCAAGCUCAGCAGCAGCAGAAGAGGAGGAAUGGAGAGAAUUGGGACGUUGGAUUAGAAAUCCUCAAUGGCCAUGUCACAGGGACGCCGGGGUUAGGAUGCUCAGCAGACCCGGAUUGUGGAGCAGGGGAGUCGGAUUUAAAGCAGCGGAAGUUGGCUGAUGGAACUGUGGCUAGCAAGUCAUCCGAACCGCGCAGAGUGGCCCGAACAGUCGCCCCGCUUAGAGUCGCCGUCAACAGCAGCAGCUCUCACAACCAUCCAAACUGCUCUCCUGAAAAUGCCAACAUGCGAAAUGGACAUUACGUAGCAUCCCCAGACCCUGCGGCUGUACCAAGCCUGCCCUCCAUCCCUGGCCUGCUGCCUCCUGCCGGGACCGCCUGGUCAGCGGAGCGCAUCGCCAAGCAGUACAUCAUCCCCUGCAUGAAGUACUACGGUAUUUGUGUGAAGGAUAACUUCCUCGGCAGGCAACUGGGAGAUUGCGUCCUAAAGGAGGUGGAGGCGCUGAACCAGAGUGGGAAGUUCCGGGGUGGACAGCUGGUGAGCCAGGCGGACAUUCCCUCCCGGAACAUCCGAGGCGACCAGAUCGCCUGGGUGAAGGGGCAGGAGCGAGAGUGCCAAAGCAUUGGGACGCUGAUGGCUCACAUUGAUGAGGCCAUCUUGUACAGCGCUGCCAAAGGGCAGCUGGGGAACUGUGUCAUCAAUGGACGCACUAAGGCCAUGGUUGCUUGUUAUCCAGGGAAUGGGGCUGGAUAUGUCCGCCAUGUUGAUAACCCGAACGGCGAUGGACGCUGCCUCACAUGCAUCUACUAUCUAAACAAGAACUGGGACGUUAAGACACACGGCGGUUUGUUGCAGAUCUACCCCGAGGGCAAAAACGUGGUGGCUAAUAUCGAGCCUUUGUUCGACCGGCUGCUCAUCUUCUGGUCUGACCGCAGAAACCCACAUGAAGUCAAGCCAUCUUACGCCACUCGGUAUGCUAUCACAGUCUGGUACUUUGAUGCCAAAGAGAGGUCAGAGGCUAAAGAGAAGUACAAACUGGCAACAGGACAGAAGGGCAUUCAAGUGCCUGUCACUCAAAACAGCAGGUCAUAAAAAAAAAAAACUCUCCCAAGUGUCCAGAGACCGCUCUCAAAGUAUUACGUGCCUUCCUCUACCGCUAACGGACACUACGAUCACAAAGGGAGGCUCGGUAAAACUUUCAGCAGGCGUCCAGCUGCUUGAGUCACACGGCGAGCCGCAGGGUGAGGAUCGGGCUGCUGAUCAAACACCUGGCAGAAACAACAGGAACACAGAGGACCGGCUCGUACGCCAAUGGUGGGUUCAGAAGAUAUGAGACUGGACGACAAAAAAAAAAACAAAGAAAGAAAGACUUGGACAUCUCGAAAGGCGCCCCCACUACAAAACAAAAUGACUGACUCUGUUGUUUUUUCGUUGCAGUUCUGCUUCUUCAGUUAUCAGAGAUGUUGUGAUUUUUUGACAUAUCGAUGAAAGAGCAUUGAAAUCUAAGUCCUAAGUUCCUUUAUCUCAGUUGUGUGCGACGGUGGCCUCUUGCCUCUCGGCAGAGUGUGUGUGUGUGCGUGCGUGCGUGUGUGUGUAACAAGAAAUUAAGGCUGAAUAUUGACGUCAGACUCAACAUUUCAGAUUGGUGCAUGAGGACAGCAGUUUUAUUCUCCACAAGUGCAUCUCAAUCAGUUAAAAUAAUUAGAUUCAGAACUUGAACCCCAUUUUGCAGAUUUCUUAAUGUAUUUAUUUCAUAGUCCUCUCCAGGCUGCAGUUGUCCCUGUGGCUUGUGAAACAUUUUCCUUCCACUCAACUUUCCAUUAAUAUGGUUUAAAUAGUGCAUACGGACUUCUAAAGGGCCUUAGCUUCACAGUUCUCUCAAGUCUGCAGUUCUUCCUGAUGCUUGUGCAAAAUUGCUUCCAUUCAACUUUAUAUGGUUUGAAACGGCACAGUAUGAACAGCCAACUCCUUUAGCAGUGACUUUAAGUAAAAAGUCACUAAGUCACUGCUAAAGUCACUUUUUAUUUAAAGUCGCCUUAAAUAAAAAGUGACUUUACUGUUUUUUUAUUGUGAGUGUCGAUGGCUGUUUGCUGAAAAACUACUGUCAAGUCAGCAGUUUCUUUUGUGCACUUGAUUCUACCAAAGUUUUACCUUCCACUCAACUUUCCAGAAAUAUGCUUUGACAAGUGAUGUUAUAUUUCAAUUUUCUGAGAACCUGAAUUGCAAGUUUUCUUUCGCCACAAUCAUCUAAAUGAACUGAGACACGGUAAAAAUGUACCAACGUGUGCAAGGAAUCUGUAUAAAAUGAAUAUCGCUUCUUGAAUUGAAUUACUGAAAGAAGAAAACCUUUCAAUGUGUUUCCUAAUUAACUGAGAUGCACCUGCAGAACACAUCAAGUAGACAAACUUUUCCAGGACGUUUUGCUUUUCGUAGCUCAGAAUUAAUUUUUCCAUCCAGACUCAUAAAUGCAGCUGGACGUAACGCCCAGGAAUCCAGAGUGAAUAAUAUAACUUGGAGGAUUUGUUGUUGAUUAGCGUGUUGAUCUCUGCACAGCUCACACCUGAGACAAGAGGCUGUUCUGCUAACGGUAAAUGAGAUGGGGGGGGAGGGGGGAAUUUGAACAAGUCGGCUGAGUGUGUUUAUGUUGCCUUUCUAUGUGUUCAUACCAAGAUGGACCAGAGUGGAACAAAUCUGCCCGAGAAAUUCCCCCCAGAGAAAAAGGACAACGUGACUUUACUCUUAUGACUGAAAAUCUGAUGGUCUCUAAACUUAAGACAAUUGGAGUUUAAAGCACAGAUAUAUAUUUUUUUUUUACAACUAAACACUGUGGGUGAAAUAUUUGCCCGCUCACAUGUGGGACUGAGUAUUUCUGAGUGUAUGUGUGUGUGACGAUUUCCACUGGCCCCGAAGAGGUAUUGUCUCAAGUGGGUUUUUUUUGUUUGUUUUUUGCUUGAUUGGUUGAACAGAAGGUUAUUUGAAAAAAAAAAAAGAAAAGCACUUUAUUGUUUAAAUAAAUGCCAUGUGUGAAUGAUAGAAAUAGUGUAAAGAUUUAGGUUAAUGCCUUUUAAUGCUGUGGAUGAUAUGGUAUUCGAAUGCAAUACAAACUUCAACAGUGAGUUCAAAUAAAUGUUUUGCCUUGUUUUGAA